AUGUUGAUAUAUCCAGAGGAUGUACCAGUAGUAAUAGACGAAUUACAAUUCCGAUUUGGUCGUCCGGAAAUGCUUGUAAAGUCGCAGAUUGCCAAGAUAAAAGAGUUUCCAAAGAUUGCGUAUAACAGACUAGAUCAGAUCCGUCUGGAUCAGAUACAGUCCUUAUGGGAAAAGGUUGGACAGGAGUAUGAGACCGCUUCCAAAGCAGCUCUGCGCGAGGGAGGUAGCGGAAAUCUUCCGCUACUUCAAAAUAAAUACGAGCACUGCUAUGCCGUGUACGAAAGAUGUGCUUCCAAGUUGAACGAAGACAUCGACCGUCUGUCCGUCUCCACUUCACCGGCAAGAACAGCUCCGCCGACAGAGACAUUCUCGAAGGGUUGCAGUCUUCCGCCAUGCGAUACAGAGAUCUUUGACGGAGAUUACCUGCGCUGGCCCACUUUUCGUGACCUUUUUACGGUCAUUUAUAUGGGCACUCCGGCCAAACCUAUGCUCAAGAUCGACACGACGGCGUUUGUGCUGCCGAACCUGGCCGGCAAUCUUCCGACAAGCACAAUUGAUCGAAGCAUUCUUGAUAGGCUGCCAAAUAUGCCAUUGGCAGAUCCGUCGUUUUUGCAGCCGUCUCAGAUAGACCUUCUUCUAUCAGGCUGGAGGCCAAACAUAUCCAUAGAGUCCGGAGCAACCAUGGAAACACAUCUCACAAAAUUUUGGGAGGUGGAGGACCUUCCAUGCAGACUGAUCCUGCGACGGGAAAUAUAUAGUAUCCCUGCUGUCAAGGAUUCAGAGCACAUUGACUUGGGGCAUUCGAGGAGUUCCGCACUCGCACAAUAUCUGAGGAAUGAGACUCGCUUGAAGAAGGAGCCCGCUCUCAAAGACACUUAUGACUCAGUGAUCCAAGAAUAUAUUGAUCUUGGCCAUAUGAAGCCGGUGCCUCCGAAUACUGACAAGAUAAAUUUCUAUCUACCCCAUCACGCAGUAUUCAAGCCCGAAAGUGCGACCACGAAAGUUCGCGAAGUUUUCAACGCAUCCAGUCCUUCUUCCAAUGGGAACAGCCUUAAUGACAUUCUGUAUCCAGGGCCAGUACUGCAGUCCGAUCUCACUCUUCAAAUCCUGAAGUGGCGGACGUUUAAAUUCGUUUUCAAUGCCGACAUCACCAAGAUGUAUCGGCAAAUUCUCCUAAACCAAGAGCACACUCCGUUUCAGAGAAUUCUCUUUCGAAAUGGCCAAGGGAAUAUAUCCGACUUCGAGCUUCAGACGGUCACGUUUGGAGUGAAUUGUGCCCCUUUCCUGGCCCUACGAACACUGCAACAAUUGUCCGACGAUGUCAACGCCCAAUAUCAACGGGCGUCGCAUAUAAUUUCAAACUAUAUGUAUGUCGACGAUGUGCUAGCCGGAGCCCAUACAGAAGCUGAAGCUAUUUUAGCCAUUCAGGAGCUGCAAGCAGCUCUGACCUCAGCUGGAUUCCCUCUCUGCAAGUGGACAUCCAAUGAACGUGCACUCCUUAAAGCACUUCCUAAAGAGCAUCUACUUUCGACUGAUUUUCUUGAUCUCGAAGAGGUCAGCACCACUAAGACAUUGGGAGUACGGUGGAACGCUACGACGGAUGAGUUCUAUUUUGUCCCAACAGAGGUCACCAUUCAGGCAAACUAUUCGAAACGCGACGUCUUAUCCCAAAUCGCGAAAUUGUUCGAUCCAGCUGGGUGGCUCUCCCCAUUUGUAGUUCAGGCCAAAAUCCUGAUGCAGGAUAUCUGGUUAGCCAGCGUCGAAUGGGAUGAGUUUCUUCCUGCAGACCUACUACAUCGCUGGCAUGAUUUCCUUCGGAGCUACAGUUUCCUCCACCAAGUUCGCAUCCCGCGUUGGGUACAUUUUCAACCGGGAGUGCAUGUCCAAAUCCAUGGUUUCUGUGAUGCUUCCCAAAAGGCUUAUGGCGCAGCGAUUUACUUUCGCAUCCAGUCGCUCCGCCAGUGGUCUCACAUGCGUUCCGAGCACAACCCAGCAGAUCUAGCCCGUCGUGGAGUAACGGCUGAAGAGCUGGCUACCAGUGAGCUGUGGUGGCAUGGGCCCUCCUGGCUAACUCAGCAACAAGAUACCUGGCCUGCGCCUUACGAACCAGUUUCCGACAUCGACAUCGAGAAGCGACUUAUACGUAACCAUUUAGCAUGCCCGAAGCAGGACAUGUUUGAACGGUUCUACAAGCUCGACAAGGCUCUACGAGCUUUCGCCUAUGUUCAGCGCUUCAUCCAACGCUCGCAAAAACGACCUAUUCCAGGCGAGCUGCAGCUAUCCAAUACAGAGAUUUCCACAGCUGAGCGACUCCUAAUUUUCAUGACCCAACGCAGAUACUUUGCGCUUGAAUAUGCCUGCCUGAGCCAAAAGCGGCCAAUUCCAGCAUCCAGUUCUAUUAAGAACAUGAAUCCUUUCCUUGAUCCUCACGGCCUCAUCAGGGCGUGUGGUCGGGUGACGGCCUCCGAAGUCCUCCAAUAUGAUGAACGGCAUCCGAUUUUUCUUCCAUACAACUGUCAGUUGGCGCGUCUCCUUGUAUCCUUUACGCAUCGCAUAUCCUUGCACGGCGGUAAUCAGCUAAUGGUACGCCUGAUCCGCCCAAAAUUCUGGAUACCAAGGGUCAUGAACUUAGUCAAGUCAGUAAUUUUCUCCUGCAAAAUAUGUGUGAUCCACAAAAAGAAGUUGCCGACUCAACUCAUGGGCGAAUUACCGAAAGAAAGAACGUCCUUUUCGCGGCUUUUUACGUACACAGGCAUGGAUUAUGCCGGACCGUUUGACAUAAAGAACUACACCGGGAGAGCCUGCCUGAUUACCAAGGGCUAUGUGUUGGUGUUUGUAUGUUUCUCCACGAAGGCCAUCCAUUUAGAGCCUACUUCUUACCUCACAACAGAGAAGUUUCUCGCAGCAUUCGCACGAUUCGUCUCCCGAAGAGGGUGCCCUCGACAAGUUCAGUCGGACAAUGGGAAGACCUUUGUUGGUGCAGCCGCAGUGCUGUCGCGUGAAUUUCUGCAAGCUGUCAAGGAGUCCGUGACGAAUGCUUAUAGUCACCAGGAACUCCUUUGGCAAUUCAUACCCCCAAGAGGAUUGUGGGAAGCUGGAGUUAAAAGCUUCAAGACCCUGUUUUAUAAAUCCACAGCCACUCGAAAGUAUACGUUCGAAGAACUCUCCGCAUUGCUGGCCAAGAUUGAGGCCAGUCUAAAUUCGCGUCCACUCGCCCCGAUGUCCGAAGGCCCCACAGACUUGUUAGCACUCACGCCAGGUCAUUUUCUAGUGGGUGGACCCCUUCUUGCCACCGUCGAGCCCGAAAUUAAGGGUGCGUCCACUUCUAUUAUCAACCGGUGGCAGCACCUUAAGGCCUUUCAUCAGCAAUUCCGCCUGAGAUGGAAGGAAGAGUACCUCAAGGAGCUCCAUAAGCGAACAAAGUGGCAAGUCCCCACAAGAAAUCUCGAGGUGGGCGAGAUGGUUAUAAUCAAGGACGAUAAUCUGCCAUCCAAUGAGUGGCGGCUCGGCAGGAUUGAUUCCGUGUUUCCCGGACCCGAUGGUCAUGUCCGAGGAGUUCCGACCGGGCCUUCAGUGGCCACUUUGCUGCAGCGACACAGCGUAAACCUCCUCCCGACCGCGCUGCGAGUGUUCGACACGGCGGCGCUCAUCGACCCAUGCACGCCUGUGAGCUGCAUUGACUCGUCGCUGGCGGCUUCUUUGCGACUUGCGACGACCGCUGUGGGUGGUGAACAGAUCUGUUCAGCCACCGUCGGCUCGAAAACGAACGCCCAUGUCCGGCUCGAUCUCGUUUUCAAAGUCCGCACUCCGAUCCGACAGUUGGAUGAGACUGUGCGGGCUUACUUCAAGGACAUCACCUUAGCUGACAAACGUUUCUACCUUCCGGCUACGAUCUCCGUCGUCCUGGGCGCGGAUGUGUACCCUAAAGUGAUGCAGCAUGGGUUCCUGAAGGUGCAGGAUGGAUUGCCGGUGGCCCAAAGAACCGUAUUUGGAUGGGUCCUGUCCGGGGCCUGUCACACGCCGUAA